AUGGAAAACCAAGAAUCAAAUAAUUCAUCUUUAAAUAUUCCAAGUGUUAAUUUAACACCAUUUCCCAAUAAAAAUUUUAAAAAUGUUUUUACAACCCCAUUAAAUAAUAAUAAUAAUAAUAAUAAAAAUAACACAAAUAUAUUUACAACACCAAUCCCAAAUUCCCCAUUUCAAUAUUGUUUAACACCAGUUACAGAAAAUAAAAAAAUGUUUGGUGUAGAUUCAAAUGAUGUUUUACCAAUGCCAAAUUCAUCAAAUGUAAAUAAAAAUGUUCACUCUCCACCAAAACCAACAUUAACUCUUAUUGAACUAAGAUUGAUUUGUGAAAAAAAUUUUUUAAACAUUUCAAUUGGGCAUAUUAAUGGAAUUAUACAAUCAACAAAUUAUAGAAAGAAAAGAGUAACUCAAUGGUUUAUUGAUGAAUGGUUUGAAGGUAAUAAGGAGAUUAAUGUAAAUAUAGUACUCAGAACAGUUUUUUCUGUUUUUUGUUCAUUAAGAAAAGAAAAUAGAAUAGAUGAAAUAAUAUGUACAAAUUUUCAAUUGUUUUGGAAUAAAUUAAAAAGAGAAACUACAAAUAAAAAAUCAAAUAGAAAAAACAAAAAGAUGGUUACUCAAAUCAAAAAUAAUUUUGAAAAUUUUAAUACACACAUCGAUAUAUCAGAUUCAUUUAUGACAUUUUUACAAUAA